UGGGCUAGAAUUUCAUAGUAGAGCCCAAACGGACGCUUAUCCAAUCACUGUGCGCCACGUCACCACUGAAGACUACGAUAAAGACACUAUAGUUUUAUCAUCGGAACACUAAGCUCUCCCGUUUUCUCAGCAAUGGCUUCUCUACUCAACUCAGCCUCUUCACUGCAAUUAUCUUCCAACUACGGCGCAUUCAAUUCGCAGCGAAAUCGACGGCUGUCGGUCAAUCCGAGCUCUACUUCCUUACAUAUGCGGAGACUUGUAGUUAGAGCUACUGAGACCGAUACAGACAAAGUUGGAGCCAAGGUACCAGAUAAGGCACCGGCUGAUAAGGGUUCAAGCUUUAAUCAGAUUCUCGGUAUUAAAGGAGCUAAGCAGGAAACUGAUAAAUGGAAGAUUCGAGUUCAGCUGAUGAAGCCUGUUACAUGGCCUCCACUUGUUUGGGGUGUAGUCUGUGGAGCUGCUGCGUCGGGAAAUUUCCACUGGACUCCGGAAGAUGUAGCUAAAUCAGUAGUCUGCAUGCUUAUGUCUGGACCUUGCCUGACUGGUUAUACACAGACGAUAAAUGAUUGGUAUGAUAGAGAGAUCGAUGCCAUCAACGAACCCUAUCGUCCAAUACCAUCAGGAGCAGUAUCUGAGAAUGAGGUGAUUACACAAAUAUGGGUGCUGCUCCUGGCAGGCCUCGGGUUGGCUGGUCUGUUGGAUGUGUGGGCCGGGCAUAAUUUCCCCGUGAUAUUUUACCUUGCCCUUGGCGGAUCCUUGUUAUCCUACAUAUAUUCAGCUCCACCCUUAAAGCUAAAACAAAAUGGCUGGAUCGGCAAUUUCGCCCUAGGAGCGAGCUACAUUAGUUUGCCUUGGUGGGCUGGUCAAGCGUUGUUUGGGACCCUUACACCAGACAUUAUUGUUCUAACACUGCUCUACAGUAUAGCCGGUCUGGGCAUAGCAAUUGUAAAUGAUUUCAAGAGUGUUGAAGGAGACCGAAAAAUGGGACUGCAGUCGCUCCCAGUGGCUUUUGGCUCUGAGACUGCAAAAUGGAUCUGUGUUGGUGCUAUCGACAUAACUCAGAUAUCUGUCGCUGGAUAUCUACUAGGUUCUGGUAAACCGUUGUAUGCUUUAGCUCUUCUAGGGUUAAUUGCCCCUCAAGUCUUUUUUCAGUUCAAGUACUUCCUCAAAGACCCAGUGAAAUAUGAUGUCAAGUAUCAGGCUAGUGCACAGCCAUUUCUUAUACUUGGUCUAUUAGUCACUGCAUUAGCAACUAGCUCGUCUUAGAGCGAUGAAUCCAGGUAACAGUCUCGGCCUGAAUUUAUAGACUAUCUAGUAGGUUAUUUUCAUUCUCGUAGAAGAAAGGUCUUGUUAAUGCAGCAGGAUCUACUUCUCCUGUUGUAGUUUGAACUUCACGCCAGUCUUGUUAUAGGGCCCUUUCAAAUUAGAUAACAAUCUUAUUCGAGAACUAUCAUGUGGAUCCUUUGUAAGUUGCACUACAUUUUCGUGAUUGAAAUUUUGAUGCAAGUCAACAAUAUCCAGAUCGGUCCAAGCGACUCGAUUUUUGUUCA